AUGGCCACAGAUAUUUCGAAUUACUAUAUGUACCAGCCCCAACAUGUGGUGCCUGCAGUGUUUGCUGCUUUAAUUGGCAUAUCUUUAUUGCUACACGUAUAUCAAAACUUCCGCUACAAUUUCUGGAGGGUUACUUUUUUCAUGGCCUGGGGAGGCCUUGUCUUCUUGAUAGGCUGGAUCGCUCGGGUCGUCUCAAGUUACCACACCGACAACCUCAACCUAUACAUUGUCCAGACAAUAUUCAUCUAUGCUGGCCCUCCAAUCUACUCGGCCGCUGCGUAUAAUAUUGUCGGUCGUCUGAUGAACUAUCUGCCUAUGUACGCGCCUCUCAAUCCAAACCGUGUCCUGAUCACGUUUGUCUACUUGGGUGCUCUCGUCGAGGCCUUGACAGCGGCCGGCGCAGCCAAAAUGUCUGCCGCAGGCGAUGAUUUGUCGCGCAUCAAGAGUGGCGGCACCCUUAUGGCCGUCGCACUUGUUCUCCAGGCCGUUGUUGAGUUGGCACUGGUCUCGCUGGUCGGUCUUAUCCAUUUCCGCUUCUCUCGCAGCGGCUCCGAAAUCCCGCCGAAUGUGAAAAAACUCUUUAUAACCCUUUACGGAACGUCAACAUUGGUUAUUGUGCGCUGCAUCUGCCGAGCCAUUGAAUCGUUUACUCUUUUCGGAGAGAUUGAAAAGGGCGCCAAACAUUACGGCUACAUCCUGGCCCACGAGUGGUACAUCUUCGCCUUUGAAGCUGUACCAAUGGUCCUUUUUACAUUUUGGCUCAACGUAUUCCACACGGCCCACUUCUUACCCCGUCAAAAGACUCGCUAUCUCGACUUGGACGGAAAGACCGAGCGCCUGGGCCCCGGCUGGAUUGAUCGGCGAUCCACGUGGGAAACCUUUGCUGACCCGUUUGACCUGGGGGGGAUCUUUGCAGGAAAACCCAAUCACGAGAGUUUUUGGUUGAGCCCAGAGAAAUGGCCUGUUGCCCAAGAUGGCAGUUUCGCUAUGGGAACUACCUCGAAUGUGGCGGGCGGCCAGAUAAACAAAUCACCCGAAGAAGGUCAAAUUCUCUCCAUGACACAUGCAUAG